AGUGUUUUGUCCCAUCCGGGGCGCCGUCUCCGGAAGCGGAAUCCAGGGACCCAAGCGAGGGCUGGUGAGGCGCGAUGGCGGCCCGCGGAGCCUCCGGGAAGCGUGGCGGGCCUCGAGGCGGGGCGGGAGGCCAGGAGGAGGCGCCCCCGCCGCUGCAGGCCGUGCUGGUGGCCGACAGCUUCAACCGGCGCUUCUUCCCCGUCUCCAAGGACCGCCCGCGGGCUUUGAUUCCCCUGGCAAAUGUGGCCAUGAUUGACUACACGCUAGAAUUCCUCACUGCAACUGGUGUGGAGGAAACCUUUGUCUUUUGCUGCUGGAAGUCUGCAGAGAUCAAGGACCAUAUACUGAAAUCAAAGUGGUGCCGUUCAAACUCUCCAAACACGGUGCGGUUUGUGACUUCAGAUCUUUAUCGCUCACUUGGUGAUGUGCUGAGGGAUGUGGAUGCCAAGUCACUUGUCCGUUCGGACUUCAUUCUUGUCUCUGGAGAUGUUGUGUCCAAUAUUAAUGUUUCCACAGCUUUACAGGAACACAGGUUACGACGUAAGCUGGAGAAGAACGUGUCUGUGAUGACCAUGAUCUUCAAAGAGUGCUCUCCAGGUCAUCGAGCUAGGUGCCAAGAGGACGAUAUUAUCAUUGCCAUGGACAGUGCCACCAAACGAGUGCUGCACUACCAGAAAACCCGAGGACUGAAACGCUUCCGGUUUCCCAUGAGUUUGUUCCAGCGUAAUAUUGAAGAAGUCCAAGUACGGCAUGAUUUGUUGGACUGUCAGAUUAGCAUAUGUUCCCCACAGGUGGCUGAGCUGUUUACAGAUAACUUUGAUUAUCAAACUCGAGAUGACUUUGUACGUGGCCUUUUGGUGAAUGAAGAAGUCCUGGGCAACCAGAUCCAUAUGCAUGCAACAUCAGAAGAGUAUGGUGUCCCUGUAUCCAACUUGCUGAUGUACGAAUCCGUGUCCUCUGACAUCCUCCAACGCUGGGUGUAUCCAAUGGCUCCCGAGAUGAACAUCACUGGCGACGAGAAGCAGAGCUGCACCCAUUCCCGGCACAACAUCUACCGGGGGGCGGAGGUGAGCCUGGGCCAUGGCAGCGUGCUUGAAGAGAAUGUCCUCAUCGGGCAGGGAACCUCUGUGGGCAGAAACUGCUCCAUAUCCAACAGUGUCAUUGGCCCCAACUGCAAUAUAGGUGAUGACGUUUUUCUGGACAGGGCGUUCUUGUGGAAUGGGGUGAGUGUGGCAGACGGUGUGAAAAUCCAGCAGUCAAUUGUCUGCGAUGAAGCUGUAGUGAAGAAAGGCGUGACACUAAACCCUCACUGUGUCCUCACUUCCCAGGUGGUGGUGGGUCCUGAUAUAACCCUUCCAGAAGGCACUGUUAUCUCCCUCCAUCCUACAGAUGAGGUGGAGGAUGAUGAUGACCAGUUCAGCGAUGAUUCUGGUGUGAACAGAGAAGAGAGCAAGGCGAAGCAAAAAGGUUACAACAUUGCAGAAGUCGGUUCAGAAGGCAGAGGUUACCUUUGGAAAGCUGACAGUGAGAAUGAUGUGGACCGAGAGGAGCAAACACAGAGCCUUUGGGGUCCCAUUUUAAGUGCUGAAGAAGAAAGUGAGUCAGAAAGCAACAUGAGUGAGGGGUCUGAGCAGCCAGACAGUCGGACGGCUUCCCCCCAGUUGGAUGACAUCAAAGUUUUCCAGAAUGAGGUGCUGGGGACCCUGCAGAGAGGUGAAGAGGAAAACAUCUCUUGUGAUAACCUGGUUUUGGAGAUUAACUCUCUUAAAUAUGCCUAUAAUAUUGGCUUGAAAGAGGUGAUGGAGGUGCUGAGCAAAGUGGUCCUAGAAUUCCCCCUGCAGCAAAUGAAUGCAGAAAAGGAUCCCAAGCGCUAUUGCGUGCUGAUAGUCCCGUUACUGAAGAAUUGGGCUCCAGUCUUCAAGAAUUACAUAAAGCGGGCCACCGAUCACUUGGAUGCCUUGCAUGCCAUUGAAGAGUUCUUCUUGGAACAUGAGAGCCUGCGUGUGUCCAUGGCUGAAGUGCUGAUGACAUUCUACCAGCUGGAAAUUUUAGCAGAAGAAAUGAUUCUCACCUGGUUUUCUCAACGGGACACAUCGGAUAAAGGCAGGCAGCUUCGUAAAAACCAGCGGCUUCAGAAGUUUAUCCAGUGGCUGAAGGAGGCAGAAGAGGAGUCAUCCGAAGGAGAGGAAAACUGACUUGUCAGCCCCAGUCAGAAAGAGAUGCCCUGCUCCCAGCUUCCGAGGGGAAGAAGGGCCUCGGCCUCAGGCUUUGCCUGAUGAGGUGCUGGAGCCAGAGCAAGACCGGGUGCAUGACGUGUGCGUGUGGGACCUGUGAACCCAAGUUGACUGACAAUCCCCUUGUUAUUUAUCUCUAUACAUAGCAUCUAUCCCUGGAAAGGCACUUCAUGCAGGACAUGCUUGAAUGACUGGUCAGAAAAGCCAGAGACCUGUGUAAUUUUUAAAGAUCUGUCUGAGAUUCUGUAUAUGCACAUGCACACACAGUCCCACACACAGAGAGAGACAUAUUAAACUGUGGGCGUAUAUAUUGUCGGGAUGGAGAGACAGAGAGCGUGGGAGCAAUCCACUGGAGCAGAAGGCUCGCAACAGAUGUAUUUGGUGAUGUGGAAAUCCCAGGCCAGCCUCAGAUGGGAGUCACUUCUGUGUUGUGUAAAAGAGGUUCCAUGAAACCAAAACUAGCCAAAGCCUUGAUGUUCCUGGUGUGCUGCAUGUACAGGUAAAAUCCCAUUCUUUGAUUGAGGGGUCAGCUGAUAAUGCUGGAGACACAUAAACAGAGCUCAGAAUAUGAGAAGGUGCUUUUAAUGAAGGCAGCGUUAAUUGAUAUCAAGUAAUUCAGCCACAAAGAGUGUUUGGGAGAAGCAACUUUUCCUGAAGGGAAAAGGUUUGUGCCUGCAGGAAAAUUAGCUUCUGUUUUGGCUGGAAUGGUGCGGGAGCCUUUGCCAAAACCACAGAGCCUUUUCUGUUUCACUUCUAUCUGUACAACAUGGGGAAAGUGUUCACCUACCUCACAAGGAGUUUGCAAGUGCAAUGAGUAGGCAUUCUUGUGCUCCUCGCAGAGGGAGCCCUUUGUUGGUGUCCAUCCUCCCUGCUGAUAGUUUUGAUUCUCUGAUCUGGAAGGGCAGGUUCGUUUCACCCAUCCUGCGGAAGGAGGAAUGGAUAUUCAAGAAGGUGCCGGGUUCUAUCUGCUGCAACUGCUGCUAAGUAGGUUUAUCACUUCAUAACCCUUUCCGAGUUCCUUGGUGACCACAGUGACACAACGUAGAUGCAAGCUAGCUUAGUCCCAUAGCACUUCCUGAUAGUUCUGUAAAUUAUUUCUGAUCAGACAUUCUGUUUUCUCAGGACUUCUCUAGCUCUGGGUUUGGCGUUAAAGGAUGUGGUUACUUCCCCUUGGCAUUAAGGGAUUUGGUCAUAUGUUCUCUCCCUCUAUUUCCUCCCUGCGCUCUUCUCAUUCUUGAUGAAGUGCUCAAACAGCCAUUUAAUGUGGAUUCCUGUUCAGCAUCCAGCAUUUUUUCUAGUGAAAACUGGGGAAAGGGUGAAAUACAGUGGGCAAUAACUUGGGUGGGGUUGUUAGCGCUGUUCUGUUGGUGUUGUCACUGUUCCUUCUGGGAAAGAAUCGCUGUAGCUGGAGAAAGGAGAACACUGGCAAGCAGUUAUAGUUGUUGGACCUGUUGUGCUGUUAGGCCACAUUUGCUCCUCUAAGGGUCUGGAAAACACAGUCUGUCAGGUGAGAAGAGCUUAGUUCACUGGCCAGUCAUAUUGGGUUUUUCUUGUCACCACAUCCUUUUGUAAACGUGGGAAAGAAGUGCUUUCCCCCCCUGUGCCUGCCAAUAUUUAAAUUUGGGAACAAUUAAACAUCUUUGGUAUAAAGAAUGGGCUGUCUGUUCUGUAAUAUGUUAAGUCUCAGCACCACUCUAGAAUGAGAAUCACAGAUAAGAAGGAUCUCUUAAAAUUAUAUUCCAUGUUAUUUAAGGAAUAUGGCCUUUUAUGCCUUUGCAGAUGCCCCCAAGUCAAUAUGUAUAUAUGUCAAAAGUUCCAUGCAUUUUGUUCAGUUUUUAAAAAAACAUUUUCAAACCAAACUAGUAAUGUGCGAAUGCUUGGAAAGUCCGCUGUUAGUACAGAGCUCAUAAACAUUCUGGAGACAUAAAUAAUGAUGACUUUUGCUUUCCAGGACAUACUUAAAAAUCACAUGGUUGUGGCAAACUUGCCUGUUUAAAACAGAGUUUGGGAUCUGAAUAUCUGCUGUAGUUUUGUGUUAUUCUUCUGAAAUGUCUUUUUAAAAAGUAUUUAUUCAAAAUGGAUUCUGGGAAGAUUUGUCAGGCAUUCUGACUGAAUUUUAUUUUCCAUAUUUUAUUAUUAGAGGCUGGGAUUUAGAGGGUUCGGCUUCUCUCUGUUUUAUGAUCAGAUGACAUAUUAGUUGCUUUGUUUGGGAAAAGUCAGGUUGGCUAAUUACAGCUUAGAAUGGAAAUGAAUCUUGGGAGGACCUCCGGUGUGAGGCAACAGGAUCUGUCAUGUGAUAUUAGCCAACUCUCCAUGUUUGUGAUGUAGUUGAAAUUGGUCCUGAUCUCAUGCCAAGACUUUGCCCUAACAAAUGUCCAGGCAAUCAGAUGCUGCUGAGAUCUGUGGUCACAACCCUGUACCUAUGAAGUAGGAUGGAGAUUUUCUUCUGCCACAUGACAGAUUUUUUAAAAAAUAAAUUGAAGGCGGUUUUUAUUUUCUUCCUGCUGCAUUGCGUUAGAUGUGCAGCAAGAAAUCUUGGAGCUAGAAAAGGAUUUCCUUGUUUUUAAAAUUUGUUUUAUCAUGAUAUUUGUCUGUAUUGACACUUAAUGUUUUUUUAAAAAGGGGAUUUAGAAAAAAAAUGCAAACUUGAAAAGCGAUCGUCUUUUGGACCUGGUGAAACAUGGUGGUCUGCUGCUAUGCUGACAUAUGCUGACAAAAAUACAUGUAAUUGUCAUGCCUUUCUCUUGAUAAUACUCAGGAAGACAGACACAGCAAAAUCUCUCACUUUCCCUUAAACAUAUCAACUAUCUUGAGAUAUAAAAUGUAGACAUGGAAAAAUAUCUCCACAUGUGUGUGAGAUUCAUUUUAAAGAUGGUUUAAAGGUGGGUUUGGUUUUUAAUUUGAGUACACGUUUGUUUUGGCUACAGCAGAGCAUGUCCUUCCUGGAUAAUAAAUAAUUCCUUGUUC